AUGUUAAAAUAUUUUAUAAAACUAGAAGCUACCAAAACCAGACAAGAGUUGGAGUCGAUAAAUAAGAUAGCGGAACUACAGAGUCUCAAGAAGUCCACAUAUGAAUUCGAUGUCAUAGUUAAUCCGAAACGCAUAAAGUCAUUCAAGUGGAUUGCAAAUAUAGAUCAAGUGAACCUUGGAGAUCUUAGGGAAUCUAUAAUUGCUAUGUAUCAACCCCCAGAACUUGUGAAAGAUGGUGUAACGCUUACCUUUGUAAACAAUGAAGAUUUUGCUGGAAUAACUGAAUAUCUAGGUGGAAGCAAUUAUAUAACAAUUAGUUUAAUGUAUAGUCUAUUAACAAUAAUUAGCCAAAAAAUAAUACCUAAAGAUGCUGAAAUAGAAGUUAUAGAUUUAACUAGCCCAAAUACUACCUUUGAUAAUGAUGUUAGUUAUGAAGAUGCUCCAGAAGAUGAACCUGUUACUUAA